UGCCAUUGCUAGUGCAGCUGGAGCGGCUGGUGGAGGUGCUGCGUAUCCCUGCUGCCUGCGCAGAUCCUGCGAGCCUGCGGGAGAAGCACUUGGAAGGGAAAGAAGAGAAAAAUGAAAACAGGACAUUUUGAAACGGUCACCAUGCUGCUGGCAAUUAUGAUUCUAGUGGACAUUUUCCAGGUGAAAUCUGAAAUACUAGACAUGGCUGUUAAUGUCUUUGAUGAUCAAUACCUAAAAUGUGCUGAGAGGAUGGAAAUCAAAUAUAUUCCUCAGCUGCUGGAGGAAGAAAAAAGCAGCCAGCAGCUCUUGAAGGAUGUGUGGGAAAAUGCACAAGCCAAAUGGGAGGCUCAAAAGAAUCAGAAGUUCUUCCCUGCGACCUUUAAGGAUAACCAUGGAAUCGCCCUGAUGGCUUAUGUUUCUGAAGCUCAAAAACGAAGUGACUUUUAUCAUCAGUUUAAUGAAGCUCUGAAGAAGGCUGGCCAGUCUAGAAAAGAUUAUAUCUAUGACUUCCAGUUCAAAGCUUUUCAUUUUUAUUUGACAAAAGCCCUGCAGUUGCUGAGAGGACCUUGUAAGGAAAGUUACAAAAAUGUGGUGUAUAGCACAAGCCAGCUUUCAUUUACAUUUGGAGGGUUAAAUCAAGCCAGAUUUAACCAUGUCACCCUGGUGCAUGCAACCAAACCAGAGGUCACUGAUGACCAAAAGAUUUUGUUAACUAUCUACACAUGCUUUGGAAUUGAUGUUAAAAAAUUUCUUGGAGAUGAUGAAAAAACUUUCUUAAUAUCUCCAAAUGAGGUGUUUCAUGUGUCACAGGAUGGGACUGGCAAUAACCUUAUUCUUCAUAGUACCAACAAGACCUGCAGCCAUUAUGAUUGUGCCUUUCUAGGUGGAAGUAAAAUUUGGGAGGAACAUAUUGAGAAAAGCCAGAACCUUGAAGAACCUGGUAUGAAGAGCCAUGAGCCUACUCAAAGACCUGGAAUGAAAAUUCCAGAGCCUAUUUCAUUAUCUAGUCCAGCUCCAGCUCCAGCUCCAGGUCCAGGUCCCAAAACCCAUCCUUCAGCAUCCUCCAGCAAAAUGCUCCUUCCGUCACUUGGGAUGGUCAUCAUUUUAAUCAGUACUCCUGCUCUAAGUGUUUUUGUCGUAUAGUCUGACACAUUUUUUUUUAUUGCUUGAAAUGCAGUACAGGGAUCCCACAGAAAAAAAACAAGUGUUUUUCACUUGUUGGCCAAAGUAAAUUGAUAAAGCAAGAGCUAUGCAUUUGUUACUCAUUUUAAAAAUUCAAAAUUUAAAAAUUUGUCAUAGGAUUUUCUCAUUUAUUUCUGUAUUAAUCUUAUGAUUGCAAAAAUACUGUAUACUUCUGAUUGAAUUAAAUAAAUAUUAUUAAAUAUGCUUA